AGCGACAUCAAAGGACGUCUUGGCGGUUCUGGCUUUUGAGCAAUCAUGCAGUCAGCAAAUCUGACACGGGUCACUCGUUCAUCGACGGAUCGACCAGUGUGUAUUUGCUAUUAGCACCAGUCCUGCGCUGACAAGUGGGUGUGCCGAAUAUAUAUAAUUGGUGAAAUUCCAAGCAUACUUGCAAGAUGACUGCUGGAACAUUUAGAUUUGGCAACAAUGACAAAGAAAAAAUUCUAUGCUGUUUACAGAGGGCAAUGUGAACCGGCCCCUGGAAUCUUUGACAGUUGGGCAAAAGCAAGUCCUUUGGUGACUGGCUGCAAAGGGAAUUGCCACAAAGCAUUCACGACCCUUGAGGAAGCGGAGAAGUGGAUGCAACUCAAAGGCGUGAGCCCACCAUAUUACAUGGAUAUAGACGAUAAAUCCAUGAUCACAACACCUAUUUUCAAGUCCGAAGGACCUUUUCAUGCUGUUUCCGAAGGACGAGAGCCCGGCGUUUAUCCGAAUUCGUGGCCCGAUGCAGAGAUGCAGGUGAAAAGAUUUUCUGGUGCAUGCCACGUACGUGUUGGGUCCAGGGAAGAGGCAGAGCAUUUCAAUAAGACAUAUAAAAUACGGAAAUUUCAUGUCGAUGAAACGCGGCGGCGGCAGAAAGCUAGUGAUGAAAGCAAGCUUGACGGUGUCAUUUCUUCUAUGCGAGGACUUGAUCUCUAAGCCGGCAAUCCACUGGCAAUAUGCUUCAAAAGGAGGAUCUAUACCUAAGUUGUGACCUGUUUGC